GAUGCGCACAGAGCUCUGGAAUUGCUGGAACAGUAUCAUAGUAAAUUAACAAAACCUCAAGACCGACAGCUGAGAAAUGCAAUAGAACGAGUUAUAAGGGUUUUUAAAGGAAGGCUCUUUCAAGCACUCCUAGACAUUCAAGAGUACUAUGAAAUGACUUUACUGAGUGAUACAAAGAGUAUGGAUGAGAAAACGCAAGAAACCAACCAGGUGGUGUCUAGGUGGGAGAAAUAUCCACCCAUCCUUAUCAACAGUAAUAACCUCAGCAAUAAUAAUGAUUCAGUUAGUUUUUUAUUAUAUUGUUUCACAAGGUUAUGCUCAGUGAAUUGUUUGAUAUGUAAUAUGCAAAUAUGUUCGUGUAUGUUUCAGCAGCCGAAAAGCAUGAGUGUAAUUUUUUUUGCUGUCAACGAUAACGUUACAACAAUGACAGUGUUGAUUCAGAGGAACCUCUACCUGCACCUCCAUCUAACACAUCCUUAUAUGGAAAGGUCAACAAAACUACAAAGGUCAUUGUCAUUUUUUUGGGUGCUACUGUUGCCACAAAUUACUUCACAGAUAAUGUUUUCCACAUCACGCAUUGUUAUUAUUACGACAGAAUCUGAAAAGUGGGAAUAUGAAGAGAUAACCUUGGAAAGAGGUCCUUCAGGUUUAGGUUUCAGCAUUGCAGGGGGCACGGACAACCCACACAUUGGAGAUGAUGUCAGCAUUUUCAUCACAAAACUCAUUGAGGGGGGCACUGCUGAGAUGGAUGGGAGGCUGAAGGUAAACGACAUCUUAGUAUCAGUGAAUGACAUAUCAAUGAUGAAUGUGACUCAUGCACAGAGUGUGGAAGCUCUUAAGAAGGCGGGAAAACAAGUCAAGCUGGUUGUGAAACGUUUAGUGCCAUCUAGUGAAAUGGUGGUACCUGUUGAACUCGUGAAAGCUGGCAGAGGACUUGGUUUCAGCAUAGCUGGGGGUGUGGGCAACCAGCAUGUUGAGGAUGACAAUGGCAUCUUCAUCACAAAACUAACCAAUGGUGGUGCAGCCCAGGAAAGUGGGAUGAUUGAGGCAGGGGAUAGAUUAAUUUCGGUGAAUGAUAUUCCUCUAACGAAUGUCACUCACGAAGAAGCUGUGGCCAUUUUGAAAUCAACCAAGGAUAAAGUGAAACUUGUUAUUGGCAAAUCUAAAAAAGCCUCAACAGUGACCACGACCACCACCGUUGUUUCUGGUGGUGCUGCCGCUGAUGUCGCUAGUGGCAGCAGUGGUGCUGGUGCCUCCAAUGAAGAAACUUUCAAACCUGAAAAACCUAAGGCACCUGAAAAAUCAAAACCAGACAAGCAAAGCAAUGUCAAGGUAUGCAUUAAAACCGCGUUUUUAUUUUUUUACAUAAACAUUAGAAACAUCAUAUUUUUAAAUAAAAUAUUAAAACUGAUCAUUUGCAGAGAACCUCGCAAGAUCAUAUUGAGGAAAGGAACAUCGGGAUUGGGAUUCAACAUUGUGGGAGGGGAGGAGGCGGAAGGAAUUUUUGUUUCCUUCAUCCUGAAAGGCGGUCCUGCCGACCUCAGUGGCAAGCUGCACAAAGGAGAUCAGAUAUUAUCAGUGAAUGGGAUAGACAUGAGGCAGGCAACGCACGAGCAGGCAGCAGCUGCUCUGAAGGGAGCUGGAGAUAAGGUCGAGAUUGUCGCCCAGUACCGAAUUGAUGAGUUCAACCAGUUUGAGGCAAAGAUAAGUGACCUGCGGGAACAGAUGUUGAACGCCAGUUUGAGCAGCCUUAAAUCCAACAACCAAAACAAGGGCAUCUUCAUAAGAGCUCUCUUCAACUUCAAUGCCUCUGAUGAUCCGGAAGUUCCUGGUCGGGGAAUCAGUUUCAAGUUUGGUGACGUGUUCCAUGUUGUCAGUGCCAUUGAUGAAGAGUGGUGGCAGGUUCAAAAGGUCAUUCCAGAAGACGACUCGGUUGGUGUAAUACCUAGCCAGCAAAGAGUUGAGGCCAAGGAGCGUGCCAGAUUGAAAGGUCUUAAAGAUGGAAAGGUUUGUAUUUUACAUUUUAUUUUUUAUUUAUUUAUUUCCUUAUUUAUUUUAUCUAUUUAUAUAAUUUUUAAUAAUUUCUUGUUUACUGUUGUUCGUUUUGUUUUAAACUAUUUUUUAAAAAUUAAUGAUAACGUGAUGUCUUAUGAACCAAUGGUGCAAAAAGAAGUUGAUUACGCACGACCGGUGAUAAUACUGGGUCCGCUGAAGGAUCAGAUCAAUGACGACCUCCUCUCCGAAUAUCCUCAGUUCUUUGAGAAUUGUAUUCCACACACAACUCGCCCGAGACGUGAAGAUGAAGUGAACGGACGCGACUACCACUUUGUGUCCAGUCGCGAGCAGAUGGAAAGGGACAUCGAGAACCACCUAUUCAUCGAGGCUGGUCAGUACAGCGACAAUCUUUAUGGCACGAGUAUCAAAUCGGUCAGGGAUGUCGCAGUUAAAGAUAAGCACUGUGUGUUGGAUGUGAGUGGAAAUGCUAUAAGAAGGUUGAGGGCAGCCGACCUCCACCCCAUCGCAAUCCUCAUCAAACCUUUAUCCAUGGAGAACAUUAAACAUUGGAAUGCCAAAGUGUCAGAUGAUCAAGUCAAGAAAUCCUAUGAAAGAGCCGUCAAACUUGAACAAGAAUAUGGACUUUACUUUACUGCGAUGAUAUCAGGUGAGACAUUCGACGAGAUAUACGAAGAGGUAAAGAACACCAUUCAAAACCAUAGCGGAUCUGUUAUAUUAGUUCCUGCGCCGAGAGAAGAUGAAAUGUAA